AUGAUCCAAUUAGAAGAAAGAGAUAUUCCCGUUAUACCGGGCACGAAAUUGGAUGAAAUGGAAGCACGGGAAUUGCGACUCAUGGUUUCUGAAUUAUUGGGACGUAGAAGUGUAGCAUUUCCAGGAUCACAACCAGUAUCAUUUGAAAGAAGACAUUUGGAAGAAACACUAAUGCAUAAGGAUUAUUUUGUUUGUGAAAAAUCAGAUGGAUUAAGAUGUCUUUUAUUUAUAAUUAAUGAUGUUCAAAAAGGUGAAGGGGUAUUUUUAAUCACCAGGGAGAAUGAUUAUUAUUAUAUUCCAAAUAUUCAUUUCCCAUUGAGUGUGAAUGAAACUCCUGAAAGAAGAACUUAUCAUCAUGGAACUUUAUUAGAUGGUGAAUUGGUAUUGGAAAAUAAAAAUAUAAGUGAACCAUUCUUACGAUAUUGUAUAUUUGAUGCCCUUGCAGUCAAUGGGAAGACGAUUGUUGANUUGGAAAAUAAAAAUAUAAGUGAACCAUUCUUACGAUAUUGUAUAUUUGAUGCCCUUGCAGUCAAUGGGAAGACGAUUGUUGAUAGACCAUUACCAAAGAGAUUAGGUUAUAUAACUGAAAAUAUAAUGAAACCAUUUGAUCAAUUUAAAAAGAAUAAUCCUGAAAUUAUAAAUUCACCUGAUUUCCCAUUCAAAGUUGGUUUUAAAACAAUGUUAACUUCAUAUCACGCAGAUGAUGUAUUAAGUAAAUUAAAUCAAUUAUUCCAUGCUUCCGAUGGAUUAAUUUUCACAUGUGCAGAAACUCCUUAUGUCUUUGCUACUGAUUCAACUUUAUUAAAAUGGAAACCAGCAGAAGAAAAUACUGUGGAUUAUCAAGUAGAAUUUGUAUUUAAUAAAGUACAAGAUCCAGAUAUGGAUGAAAGAGAUCCUUCUUCUACAUAUAUCGAUUAUGAUACAAAACCAGAUUUAAUUAAAUUGAAAGUAUGGCAAGGAAGUAAUAUACAUACCGAUUUUGCAAAAUUAGAUUUAAGUGAUGAAGAUUGGGAAAGAUUAAAAGCAUUAAAUGAACCAUUACAAGGUAGAAUUGUCGAAUGUCGAAAAUCUCAAACAAAAAAAGGAUAUUGGGAAAUGUUAAGAUUUAGAAAUGAUAAAAGUAAUGGGAAUCAUGUUACAGUAGUGGAGAAGAUUCUACUUUCGAUUAAAGAUGGGGUUAAAGAAAAAGAAGUUAUUGAUUCAUGUCCCAAAAUAGCAAAAGCUUGGAAAACUCGAGAAAUGGAAAGAAGAAAUAGACAUCGUAAUCCUCCUCCACCAGGCGGUGGCCCGCCCCCUCCACAUCAAAAUGCAUAUCAUCAACCACCUCCACCUGUACAACACCGAUCCGGAGGACCUGAAUCUAGUGAAGAACCACCUGUAAAGAAACAAAAACCAGAUUCUUCAAAUGGGUAUAAUAAACCACCAGAUCCAUCUGAGCCUAUGCUUGAUGAUAUUCCAACUUAUGAAGAUAGUGACGAUGAUGAUGAUGAAUAA